UCUAAGAUCAGUGUCUUCUAAACAAACGAGUGACAACAUUCGGCACGUCCACUACCUCCUAAAUUUAUCUAUGAGGUACUGGCACGUCUCCUAGUGAAAUGUAGGUUAGCGAACUGAUCCGCAUGCCGCGAGAUGGCGGUGUUGAUGGGUUGGCUGCUUGGUGGCGGAACCCACCACUCCGUUUCAAGGGGGCGCGCUCAUAGAAUCCAUCCAUCCAUCCGCUUGCUACGAGCCUACGAUCUCCUGAUUCCCAUUUGGCGACGGCGGAUCUUGUGGAGCUGCGUGUCUUCGCUGCUACACCUCCUUCUUAACUACUGGAACAUGGGGAAGUACGCUAAUGCGAAACGAAGAUUUCGUGAUGAAUGGCUCCGGGACCAAAAACUUAAAGACUGGAUAUCGCCGACAGAACAUGGACAAGUGAUGAAGUGCAAAUACUGCAACUGUGUAUUGAGGCCUCAUUACACGGACCUCCUAAAGUACGCCGACUCUAAGAAGCACAAAGACUACAUUGUGCCUGCCCCACAGCAGCUCAAGCAGUUCUUGGCUCAGGUUAGCAAGCCAAAUUUUGACCAAGCAAGGCGAGAAGUUCGAAUUGCAUUGUUCACUGCUACGCACGCAUCUGUAAGUGCGGUUGAUGAACUUGAUGAAAUUCUGCAACAAGAAUUCGACCGAAAGUUUCGGAUGCACUGGACCAAGUGCGCAGCUGUCAUCAAGAAUGUGUUGGCACCACACUUCAAGCACAAGCUGGACAAAAUGAAGGAAGCCCCGGGACAUGUUCCUCGACUUGAAAGAAGUAGCGAAUGGAACAGCAGAAGUGAUGCAUCAGUGCGUCAUGGACAUAUUGUCUGA